GUCCCAGAGCAAAGGCUUGCAGAAUGGUCACCGCACCCACUAGCGAUUUCACUGUGCCGACAGGUGGACCCACUGGAGCCAGGACCUCCCUGAGGCAGUUUGCUUUAGUGUAGAAACAGGUGAGAGAUUAAUUAGCGGGACACAGGGCAGAGCGAAUGCAAAGGAGCUACUUCAGAAAUGUGCCGAAGAAGAGUGAAAAUGCAACAUAGCGGUAAAUGAAAAGGGAAGGAAGAAAGAAAAAGGACAAGAACCGUCAGCCGGGAGGGUGCAGGACAGCCGAUCUGAGCUGCGUCUAUCGAGAGGAUGAUGUUGGAUGCUGGAGAAAAUGUAAGUUAAAUCUAUCCACACUCCGAUCACCUCAAGAGACAUUUUACUCAUUUCCUGGUUUUGAAUGAUGGGUUCUUGGAAGCACUGUCUUUUCAGCGUGUCUCUUAUUGCUGCUCUGAUAUUUGUCUUUGUUUACAAUAGUGAGUUAUGGGAGAACAAACGUUUUCUGAGGGCAGCUCUGUCCAAUGCUUCCGUAUUAGCAGAAGUCUGUCAUCAAAUUUUUAAUGGGAAGGUUUUUUACUCAACAGAAAAUGGAUUGAAAACUACUCUCGACGAAUCUACCUGUUAUGAGUACAUGGUUCAAAGUCAUUAUAUAACAGAAACACUCUCUGAAGAAGAGGCUGCAUUUCCUUUGGCUUACACAGUGACCAUCCACAAAGACUUUGGCACUUUUGAGAGACUGUUUAGGGCAAUUUAUAUGCCCCAGAAUGUCUACUGUGUGCACCUGGAUAAGAAGGCAACAGAUGAAUUUAAAGACGCAGUGAAACAAUUGUUGAGCUGCUUCCCAAAUGCUUUUCUGGCUUCCAAGAUGGAGCCAGUUGUCUACGGUGGAAUUUCCAGGCUCCAGGCCGACCUGAACUGCCUGCAAGACCUUGUGGCCUCCGAGGUUCCCUGGAAGUACGCCAUCAACACCUGUGGGCAAGACUUCCCCCUGAAAACCAACAGGGAAAUAGUUCAGUAUCUGAAAGGAUUUAAAGGGAAAAGUAUUACUCCAGGGGUGCUGCCCCCUGAUCACGCAAUUGGACGGACUAAGUAUGUCCACCGAGAAUUAUUAGACAACAGAAAUUCCUAUGUGCUUAAAACAACAAAAUUAAAAAGUCCUCCUCCUCACAAUAUGACCAUUUACUUUGGCACCGCCUAUGUGGCUCUCACAAGGGAAUUUGCCAACUUUGUCCUCCAAGACCAGCAGGCACUUGACUUACUCUCCUGGUCCAAGGACACCUACAGCCCCGACGAACACUUCUGGGUAACACUCAAUAGGAUUCCUGGAGCUGACAAAUGUAGUUGA